AUGGAUAUAUUAAAAGAAUUGUUCCCGGAUAUAAAAAAUCACGAAUUGGAACAAUAUUUGAAUAGUGCGGCAAAUGAUCUAGAUUUAUGUGUAUCUAUGAUUCUCAGCGAUCCUGGCAACUUAGGUCAUAAUGAUAACGAUAAUGAUGAUGAUAAUAACGACGAUGAUACAUUUGAUAUGGACAAAGAACAAACUCUUGCACUGUCUCAUCAAUUUGAAGAACUGAAAUCAAUGUUUCCCAAACUAGACCCAAAAAUUAUUGAAUCUGUAUUCCAGGAUGAAAAUGGAAAAAUUUCAAAUGUAAUUACUCAUCUUCUAAAUUUGGAAUAUAUAAACAAUGAAACAACAACAGAGAACCCUGUUAUUCCUGUAUUGUUAGAUAGUCAACACACUUUCAAACAAAGGAAGAAGAAUAAAAAUCAAUGGCAAAACACUUAUAAUGAUAUUGACAUAUUGGCUGGUUUAUUAAAUUGGAAAAACGACCGAUCUUUAUUAAUACAAUUAUAUCAUGAAAACCAAUUUAGUGUAAUAAAGACUCUGAUACCGAUUAUACUAAAAGAAAUCCACGCAUCUCAAUUACCUUCACCCACAUCUUCUAUCUCCAUAGUGACUUCAAGGGGCAAGAGAUUUAGUAGAGUACAAAAUAAUACAGGGUUUGCACACAAUAGAAAUAUAAAUGUAAAUAAAAAUAAAAAUGAAAAUGAAAAUAAAAGCAUUCUCAACAGCAAUAGUAAUAAUAAUAAGAAAAGUAGCAAGAAUGAAGACGAAGAUGAGAAUCAAAAUGAAAAUUUAUACAUAUCAUACGAAGAAUAUCUUUCUUUAAUUAAACAAGAUAAACAUUGCGAUGGUAUCAAUCCCCAAUUUAUUUUAAAAUUAUUUGAAUACUUCCAAUCCAAUGAAUUAAAAACAAAUAUUCAGUAUUGUCAUAAGAUAUUACAAUAUAUCUUAGAUUAUCCAAAUGGGAUCGCAUUAACUUUCAACAAGUACAUUAAUGAGACAGCAUGGAAUUUAACAUCAAACAAAUCAAAGAGGAGUACUACUUCUACUAAGAGUAAUAGUAGCAUUUGCAAUUCCAUUGAAAUAAAAUCGACUUAUAAGGAUCCAAAAAUUGACAACGUAUUUGACACAUAUAAACUGGACUUCCAUGGUUUUACGCCACGAGAUGCAAUAAUUGUAUUAAACAACGUGAUGAACAAGUGGUGGGAUGAAGAAUUGAAAUUGAGAGAACUAAAUAAUUACAAUAUGAAACAGCAAAGGGUAACUUGUCUUGAACCAUUGAUCUUGGUAACAGGACGCGGUAUUCAUUCUAUCGGAGGAAAAAGUCCUGUUAGAUUUCAAGUCAAACGAUACUUACAAUUGAAUGGAUACCUUUUCAAUGAAAAACCAGCAUAUUUUGAAGUCUAUGGUAAGCAAAAGAAGGAAUACAUAAAGAAAUAA